UUCUUCAGUUCUUAAAGAUGAAGAUCUCAUCUCCACUCACCAUUCUGUUUCUUCUUUUCCUUCUUCAACAAACCCUACUUUCAGCCAUGGCAGAUUUACAACUCAUAAAAAACACAUGCAAAGGCACACCUUCCUCCAGUUUAUGCCUCAAGAUUCUAUUAGCUGACCCCAAGAGCCAAAAUGCAGAUCUAACAGGGUUAGCACUCAUCGGAGUUGAUGCAAUCAACAACAAAGGUCUCGAAAUCUUAAAGCAGAUUGUUGCUCUUAAAGAGUCUAGGCCAGAGUUGGGACCGGUGUUGGAUCACUGUGCGGAGGUGUAUCUUGCGGUGGUUGAUGCGGAUGUGCUGUCGUCUAGGGAUGCGUUGAGAACUGGCAUGGCUAAGUUUGCUGAGCAAGGAAUGGCGGAUAGCGCGGUGGAGGCACAGGUGUGUGAGGGGAGUUUCGGUGAGCAUGGUCACACGUCUCCAAUGUUGGGCUCAAACAAUGCUAUGAUUGAUGUUGCCAACGUAGUUAGGGCCAUUGUUCAUAUUUUGUUAUAUGGUUAGUGACAUGAUUACAAUAAUAAUUGAAAUGAUGGUUAUCAUUUAAUGUUUAAUAAUAAUUGAAA